AUGACCAUUGCCAAAAGUAUUGCAUCUGAAAUGGGUGUAGAGCCAUCAUUUUCAGUGAAGCGCAAGGCUCAAAGGAAGAAACAUUUUGAUGAAAUUGACACCAAUGAAGAAAUUCUACAAGCUGAGAAGGCUUUUGAGGUCAAUUACUUCUUGGUCGUGGUUGAUAUGGCAAACACCUCAUUGAAAAGUAGAUUUGAAGAACUACAAACAUUCAAAAGUAUAUUUGGGUUUUUACUUAGCUCAACAACUUUGAAGUCACUAAAUGAUACUGAAUUAGAAGAUUGUUGCACCAAAUUUGCGAAAACAUUCUCUUCGCAUGACACAUCUGAUGUGGAGGUAAAUGAUCUAAUAUCUGAGUUGAAGGUUUUGAAGCUAAGUUUGCCGGAAAGGCCAAUGUCUUCUAUGGACAUUUUUGAGUAUGUUAGAAAAAUGGAUUCUUAUCCAAAUAUCUCAAUUGCUUAUCGCAUAUUAUUUACUGUGCCUGUGACUGUGGCAUCGGCAGAAAGAAGCUUUUCAAAGUUGAAACUAUUGAAGAAUUAUUUAAGCUCUACGAUGUCUCAACAACGGCUGAACGGGCUUGCCACUUUAUGUAUUGAGAAGAAAUUAUUAGACGAGGUUGACAGCAACACCAUCAUCAACGACUUCGCAUCAAGAAAUGUUAGAAGAAAUUUUUGA